GUCAAUCAUUAUUGCGUAUAUUAAUUAUUAUAUGCCAAUAUGUAGUAAUUUAUCAAUAAAAUUAUUAAUAUUAGUUAUAGUCGUCCGAUCAUAUUACAUUCUUUUAGGAUAAAUUUAUUAGUUUUUUCUCAUAGACUAAUAUAGAGUAUUACGGUCAUUUAAAGCUCCCAUCAGCUCAGCAUUAUCUCCCAUAGAUUGCAUACCAUCACCUAAAUUACCAAAAUGACUGCCGCCUAAAUUUCCAUAAUUUGUUGAGCCAUCGAUCCUAGAUGACAAAGGUAUGAGAGGCCCCUCUUGAAACUUCUUAAAAAGAUCCAGGCAAUACAUCAUUAUCGUCCUAGGGGUGACGCAUGGAUACCUCUGCUGCAGAUUGCACACGUUGGAAACGAUUUCCCUUUGAAUGUCUUCUUUCUACAAUUUUUGUUACAAAAUAAUUAUCAAAACAUGACCCUUACCCUCACAGCUUUUAUAAAUUUUCAGCGAAGCUAAUUCUACGACAUUUCUAAGGGUAAGAUCGGUGUGGUACAUGAGACAUCUUCUCAUGGUAAUCAAUAUUUCGGCCACUAUAUCGCUCUUAACGUUCGCAAUAUUCACCUCUGCCAAACAAUCUCUAGCUAUACUAUUUAUGUCUAAAAUAGAAUAAGAAGAAUCAAAUAACAAAUCACAAAUCGAAGAAUAAAUAACCACAAUGUCAUCUCACAUUAAUACAGGGUAUUCCAGUGAUAGGGAUUCGCAUGAAGCUUUGGAAGACGCCCAUAUAGCAGAUAAUGGAGCAGCGGUCAAUCUUUCAAAGGAUCCAUCGAAUAAUAAUCGACUUCAUGGUUAUGGUAAAAUGUCUAAUGAUAAGAAUAAUAACAUGGCUGAUGAUGUAAUGCCCAACGAUGACGAUCACAAUAUUGAUAAAAAUAAUGUUAUUCAUUAUGAUACCAACGAUUCUGAAAGGCCGAAACCCAAAGAUCUAGUUCAUAAUAUUCCCCUAGAAAAAAAGGAAGUAAGUAAAGAAGAUAGAAUAUCUGGGGUUCAUGAGAAUGCACCAGAUGUUUCCAAAAGUGCCAUAGCAUCUUUGAUACUAGGCUCUUUAGCGACUAGCCUAAAUCUGGCUAGCAAACUUAUGACCACUUCAGUAGGAGUGGUCCAAAAAAACAUAGAUUACCAUAGGAAGGACGCUUCUAAUUAUGGGCACAUACAAAGGUCAAAGAAAUGGUGGGAAUUCGUGCUUCUAUUUUCUAUUCUCACUGGCAUAGAAGUUAUACACGCCGUUGAAGCAAUAUAUGUUAACCCCAUGCUGCUCGCUAUAGGAAUACCAGCAACCUAUGCCACAAUGAUAUGGAGUUUCAGUCCAGUGCUAGGUUUAAUCUCCGUACCUCUUUUAGGUUCACUCUCGGACAAAUGUCGAUGCACUAUGGGCCGACGUCGUCCUUUCAUAAUUUUUUUUAGCGUGGGUAUGAUAUUUGGCUUGAUAUUAUUAGGAUUCGGCCCUAAUUUCAGCGUUUUGCUAGGCGAUACGGAACUCAAAAAUUCCAAAGAUAGCUCGUUAUACGCUGCCACUUCUCCAAUACCGAUGAUGACAACACGGUCACCCUUAGUUGAAGGUAAUAUGAAUAUAACAAACAUCCUAAAUUCGCCCCUUUUAGCUUUGACAAAGACUCAACCUAGUAACAAUGCUUCGGGCACUACAAUGAUCCCAUAUAUUACUAAUCUUACUGUAGUUCGAAACAAAUCACCGUAUCCGACUAUAACUACCAGUGGGGCUAUUAUAUUGCAAAGUGGCAACGAAGAUAUAUCCUCUAACGAACCGUCGUACAAAUAUUUAUUAAUAUUCAUAUGCGUAGGCGUAAUAAUAAUGGAUUACUCGGCGGAUUCUGGCAGCUCUCCAGCCUUAUCAUAUAUGUUAGAUAUUACUCUCUCAGAACAACACACAUUGGGACUCACCCUAGGUACUACCAUGACAGGGACUGGUGGUCUAUUAGGGUAUUUGAUUGGGUCUUUAGAUUGGGAAAAAUUAUGGCCGAGUAAAGUGCUCAGAAAUCAAUUUCAAAUCGUGUUCAUAAUAGCGCUGGGAAUAUUUAUUAUCACGGCUUUUCUAACUCUCACUAGUUUUAAGGAAAUGCCAUUAUACUAUGUUAAGGUUGACAAAGCUGAGUAUGCGGAGAGAAUGUCUAUAUCUCGUUCUUUGUAUUAUGCUAGUGAUAGAAGUCACAAAAGAAAAUAUGGGCCACCUAGAAUGCUAUCACGCUCCUUUUGCCUGACCGAUAUGCAUUACAUGGAUAAUAAGUUACCUCACUAUAAAUCCAGCGAGCUCGCAGAUUCCAGCAAGGAUGGUGUUAAUUUGAAGAAAUUGUUUAAGUAUCAGGAUUUUCGCUUGAGUCUCCCCGAUCUUGGAUUCAAACCAAAAGACAACAAGAAAUUUAAUAUGAGAAUUGCACAUAAAAAGAAUAAUUCAAACAAAAAUAUUACCACUUUAAAUAAUCUGCAAAUUCCCACUGAAAUUAAUAAAAAUGCAAUUAAUGGAUCAACAAUUAUAGCUGACGAAUUUAUACACAACUUAAGUAAAACAACAAGCGAGUCUAAAUCUCCCACGAGAAAAAUUCACAAUAACAAUAGUAAAGUAGUAUCUUUGUUACCACAAAUAACAUUAACUAGUGACGGAGGACAGGAAUUACCGACAAUUUUAGAAAACGAUGAAAUUGGCAUCGAUAAAAAAAGCCUUGAUAAGGAGUCCAACUCGAAAAUCUCCAGGAAUAAAAAACCCAAACUAUCUAUCACCGGGGUCUUAACGAAAUCGAAAUUUCAAGAUUUUAUAAUAGACAAGGGAAUUGAGAAAAUUAAAUCCAACGAUUCCCAUCCUAAUAAAGACGAUCUUGACAAUUUAGUAAAAGAUAAGAGCUUGCAUGAUGAGAACAACCAAAAUCUUCUUUCCGUUCAACAUCCACCUCUACCUCUUAGCCUAUCUCCAGUGGACAGUUGGGAAAUAUCGGCUUCUUUGCCCAUGCAAAAAGAGGAGAAUCUAGACUCGAGUGAUACGGAAGACGAAGAGAUGACCCUCAAGGAAUACGUAAUAUCGAUAGUGAAGCUGCCCAGACAAAUGGCUAUUCUAUGCCUUACCCAUUUGUUCUGCUGGAUGGCUUUCCUAUGUUUCGCGUCAUACUUUUCAGAUUUCGUAGGGCAAAGCGUUUUCAAAGGCUCUCCCACCGCUAGCCCUGGAAGUAACGAAAAUCUUCUAUACGAAAUGGGUAUACGAUAUGCUUGUAUUUCUAUGUUUUUGUACGCUCUUACCUGUAUACUUUACUCCACCAGGAUCAAAAGAUUCGCCUCGAGAAUCGGUACGAAAAGAGUGUAUAUUUUCGGAAUUUCUUACUAUUGCGUAUCGAUGGCCAUCUUAGGAUUCGCCCCGUAUAAAGCAGCCGUAAUGAUUUUAGCGCCAGCAGCUGGCAUUCUUCAAGCUUCCUUGCUCAGCAUACCAUUCAUUUUCAUUUCGCUAUACCACAAAAGAGAAAUAUUCAAUCCUAAACAUCUGGACAAAAAAGAUGAAGAAAAACAUACCAACCAAACUAAUUUACCACAAUCUAACGGGCAAAAAAAUGAAAAUGUCAAUCAAAAAAAGAAUCCUGUAUAUAAAAAAAGAGGCAUUGGGACCGAUGUAGCUAUAGUAAGUAGCAUGGUCUUUUGGGCGCAACUCAUAGUUUCAUUGACUUUGGGACACAUGAUAGACGCGCUAAAUACUACACUGGUCAUCCCGUUUUAUGGGUGCGGUCUGAGUGCUUUAGCCAUUAUUUGUUCGCUAUGGGUAACAGAUUGCAAAUGAGGAAAUAUUUUUUUUCCAUAUGUAAACAGGAAUAAAAUCAUUUUGUAUUUGGUUAAAGCGGGAUUGGUUUUAGUCGUUAAUCCUUAAUAUUUCGUUUUUUAUUGACUCAAACUGUUCUUCCCCAGAAACAUCGUGUUUUAAAAAUAAUGUCAAUUGGUCUGUAUAUUUUUUCCAUCGACUUUAUAUCGUAUUAUAAUGAUUCAUUUAAUGAUUCACAAAGUGUUUAAGUAAUAUAUGCAUGUAAGUGAUCAAUGUUAUUUUUACCUUUAAAUCUAUUUUUUGAGCGCGUUUUUUUAAAUUUAAAGAAUAAAAUUGCUGAAAAUAUAUUCCCAGAAUAUUGUAGAAAAUCUACUUAUUUUUAGAAAAAUUUUACCAUGAACUUAAGUGUUCUAAUAUAAUUUAUACUAAUUUUUCCUUAGCAUUUUAAAAGAUUAAAAAGUUAAUAAUAAAUUUGUCAAAAAUUUAUAGGGUUGACUAUACUGGAAAAAAUGGCUCGCAAAUCAAAUUUUACCAAUUAAAAAAAUGCACUCAAAAAAUGAUUUAAAGUUUCAAAAAUAACACAUUUAUGCUAACAAAUAUUAUAUGAAUAUAAUUUUUUUAUAUAUAUCCCAAACAAAUAAUUUAUUUUGAACGCAU